UGACGAAGAAAGUGACCUUCCUGGCAAAGAUUCUUUUCUAUCUGGUGAGACCAGUGAUAAUAUAUUAGUUGGUUUUGGUAGUGAGGCCGCUUCAAUAAUUUCUCUAGAAAAUCAAUCUUAUGUAAUAAAAAAAAGUAAAUUG